GUAUGCUAUUGAAGAAUUGAUUUGCAUUACCUAGAUUGAGGGUUGACUUAUCCCAUUUAUUGAUUGGCUGAUGAAGCCACAAAUUUUAGCUUCAAAAUAUCACAGCCAUUCUAUCUUGGAACAUCAGAAUAUAAUGAAGUAAGACCAAACUUCAGAAUGAGAACAAUCCAAAAGCAAUCUUGAGAGAGUGGAGUCUCAGAUCUGCUUCAAGUUAACCAAAACUACUCAAGAUUAAUACUAUUUCAACAUUCAGGAAAUGGAGGCAAAACCAAACGGUUAUAUGAGUGGACUGAAGGAUGAAUUGGUUGAAAUGCUUAAAGGAGUGACUCUUCCAGAAUUGUCUGGAAUCCAUGAGCAGUACAUCUACAAAGUACCACAAAGAAUUCGCCAAGCUAAUCCACAAGCUUAUACACCUCAAAUUAUUUCCAUUGGUCCUUUUCACAGUCCACAUGGCUCAAGUAGUAGUGACAACAUUUUGCACCAAAUGGAAGAACUCAAACUCAAAUAUCUCAAGGGAUUUCUAAAUAGAACAAAGCUAUGUUUGGAUGAUAUUGUUUUAAAACUUGAAGAGUGGGAAAAUAGAAUUAGAAGUUCUUAUGCAGGGCUUAUUAGCUUUAACAGCAAUGAUUUCUUAAAAAUCAUUAUAAUUGAUGCAUGCUUCAUAAUUGAACAUUUUCUUAGGUUUUUUAGAUACAAAAAUUGGAUGAAAAAUGACCCUAUAUUAUUAAAACCUUGGUUACUUGGUGACAUUAAACGCGACGUAGUACUCCUUGAAAAUCAGCUACCCUUUUUUGUUCUUGAAGAUAUAUACAAAUUAGCUGGUAUAAAUCUUGAAUUUCCCUCAUUUAUUACAAUUACUAUAUAUUAUUUUCAAGAAUUCAACAUACAGAACAUAAGUCCAAAUUCAGAAAGAGUAUUGUGUCCAAAACACUUCACAGAUCUUCUAAGAACAUUUUUGCUACCAUCAUCAAUUGAUUUUGCACAAGAAGAAAUGGGAGAUGCAAUUGAACAUGUAUACAGUGUGAGUCAAUUAUCAGAAGCAGGAUUAGUAUUUGAUGUAAGUGAAAGUAAAUGCUUACUUGAUUUGAAUUUUGAUGAUAACGGUGUGUUGAAAAUGCCAUGUUUUCAUGUCCAUGAUACAACAGAGAUAUUCAUGAGGAAUAUAUUGGCAUUUGAAGAAUGUCACAUAUCAGAUAUAUCAGAUCAAGAUUCAGCUUACAUUUCUCAGUACUUCAGUAUCUUAAAUUUUCUUAUUAAUACAGAAAAGGAUGUGAGCAUCUUAGUUGAUAAGAAAAUUAUUGUGAAUUGGAUGGGGGAUACUAAUGCAGUGGCUACAAUGGUUAACAAUCUUUGCAAGAAUCUAGCAAUGCCUAUACUCAAUCCAAAAUAUCUAUCUAUAUGUUAUAGGUUAAAUGGUUUCUAUGAAAACCCUAGCAAUAAAUAUAAGGCUAUCUUUGUACAUGAAUACUUCAACACUCCUUGGAAAAUAGCAUCUACUAUUACUGCUGUAUUGCUGCUUUUGUUUACUCUGAUCCAAGCUGUAUGUUCAAUCUGUUCAUUUCUCUAAUGAUACAAUUAAUACUAUGUAAUAUAUACUAA